CAUAUUUAGUAGCACUUCUACUUCCGUCGAGUUAAGACGCGCGCGAUUUUGCCGUCCCAUUCGGGCACUCGAAGGUCCGUUCUUCGAUUAGCAUUUGUAUUGUGUGAGUUACGCCUCCCUUGUAAGCUCUCGUGUAGUAUUGUAAGGCGAGUUUUAUACGUUUUGGCUUCCGUUUAGAUUUUGAAAUAUUACCUUAUCGGAACAAUUACGCUUGGCUUGAUUUGCAUGGCUUGGUGUCGUGUGGACGCAUUGACUCAGCAGCUUUUUUGGUCAAACGAAAAGUGAAACAUUCUCGAACAGAGUUCGAUAGUAGUGUAGCAAGUGAUCGAAGAAUGUUAAUAGUUUCGCUUAUCAAUGGUUACUAAUUGAAGCUAGCAGUGAGUCACGUAACGUUACAUAACGUCGAAACGGUGUGGGACGGAAACGCUGUAUAUACUGCAGUACUGCUAACGCCAGAUCUAUACUCGUUCGAGUAUUAGCAGUAACGAACUGAUUCAUUCAUUUAAAAGUUGAAACGUACCUACGCAGUAGUUGUUUCUCUGUAGUAUAGCAUGCAUUAGAUCGAACGAACCAGCGCGGCAAAGAUCGUUGAAAAAAAGUACUAGUGGUGGCAGCGGGCGCAGUUGGAGGCGCGAGCGGCGAUAUCUCUGGCGAUCUCGGGCGUAUGGCAAGUGUCUGCGACGUGCAGCGAGAGUGAUACCUACUAUUCGCGGUGGUUCAUUUGUUUAUUUCCAAACACCAAACGGUAGCCGGCACAAAUCGUUACGAGCUUUCACAACACUCGGGCUGAUUUAAUUGGAUUUCGGAGAGGAAGCAGCUGUUAACAAACCGCGGCCAGGAUGACGAUAUUCAGCUUUUAUGGAAUGAGGACAAAGGUCCCAAAGCAGCAGGAUAAAAUGACACCAGACCAGCAGCAGCAAAACCUGGAGGACACACACAUUAAUAACUCCCACCAGCAGCAAAUUCCGAACAUUGCUGGAACGAUCAUCGAUUCCAGUCACAAACAGCACGCGCAGUAUCUGCCCAAUCACCAGCAGCAUUAUCAAUUGCACCAUCAGCACGCACAUCUACCUCAGCUGCAUCCGUUUUCGUCGUCUGUGAGCGGCGGUAGCACUGGUUUGCUGACCAGCUCCGGCCCUGGCUCGGCACCGUCCACCCUAACCGGCGGCACUAAGCUACCUGUUAAAAUUUCACCCCUUGGACCGUCUCCCUUGCGGCAGCUACUUCCGGUGGCGUUAUGCAUAAUUUCGUUCGCUACGGUGCUCAGCAUACUGGUCAUCUAUAUGGACACAACAGAAAUUCGACACCAGCAAUUCCGACUGAACAUGUCCCGUGACUACGACCUAAUGGGCGUACCCCAGGACAACCCGGCUCUAGUAAAGUACGUUCGUGACAUCCACAUGAAAAAGUACCCGAUGACGUUCAUGCGAAACGCGAACGCCCCGGUGGAUCAUUUGAACUUCACCAACCGGCACGAGUUGACACCAGAGAUGGCACGUUUCGUUUCGGAUUUGCUGGGCAAGAAGCGCUUCGGAACGUUCUUCCAAUCGCUUACCGGUAUCAGUGAUUCGAUGAUGACGGCACCCUGGCUGGCGGAAACCAUGAACUGGGGUGGAUAUCUGGUCGAACCAGACCCACGAAAAUAUUUCUCCCUCCGAAAGCAGAACGCCUUCCGUCCCAAUGUGCAGGUUAUUCACGCCUGUCUUUCGCCGAAUACCUACCCAAAGGAGGUCACGCUUCACCACGAUGACGACAGCGAGGUACGAAUUAACAGCGUGCUGGAUGAGGAGACAGAGUGGUUCCACCCACGUGUCAAGUGCUUUCCAGUGUACACGCUCAUGUUGGCUGUCAACAGAACUUCAAUCGAUUUACUCAGCCUUGGUUGCCAGGGACAAGAAUUACAGAUCCUUCAAACCAUACCGUUCGAUCGUGUCCAUGUGAAGGUGAUUUCCAUCCACCUGGUGCACUACUACGAAGAGGAUGAGCUAAUUAUCGACGUGGAGGAGUACGUCCAGAACAUCACCCGUUUCCUACUCAGCAAGUCGUACAAGAUGGUACGAAGCUACGACCGGAACUUCAUAUAUCAGUAUGUUAGCGUGAACAGCGGCCUCGGUUUGCGUGGCAGCAUAAGUCGUGUUAAUAGUGUCAUUGGGACAGCCGAUACGAUCAGUUCUGCCAUGCACGAGGGCAGCGGAAGCAUCAUAAACUCUAACAAUGUGAAGUCCGCUAACAAUAAAAUUGGCACCAGUGGAAAAGGCGAAACUAUACGCAAGAUAUUAGGGACUACAGCUGUACCAUCCCUGCAAGUGAUGUCGACUGCGAAAUCCGCACCCGUUUCCGAGCUGGUUUCGGACAGCAUCGACAACGAGCGGGCGGCGAUUGUUGUGGAGGAGUUCGACAUAACAGACGCGAAGAAGCAUGGCACCAGUUCUACCAGUUCACCGCCGAUGGUUACCUCUUUGUAAUCUCAACAAAUUACAAAGCAAUUCCUGCAGCUCUUUUUUUACGACGAAACUAAAGCUACCAACUCAUCAUUCCACUAAAGUAACGGUUUUAAUUUGCUUUCUCUCUCUACAUAGUUGAGUUGCAGGUGCAUUUUUGGUAUAUGUAGAUAUCGGAACAAAGUAAAAAAUAGGAAGCAUUUAAGCUAGCAAAGAAAUAGAUACUCUGUAUCCACACAAUAGUCUGAACAACAUGAUCAAUUUUUUAUCAUAUUUGUAGUUUUAGCAUAGCUCUCUGCGUCAAUUAUGGAAUGUUAAGUGAACUGUGAGGAGAAGUUGAAAGAAUCCUAGAGAAAGAAAAGAAUAUUCAUAUUUAUUAAACUAUCGUAGAAUUCAGGAGUAUAGUACAUAUUGAUUAUGAUUGCGAUUUGAUUUUUUUUUUUUUUGCAUAAGACAUUUAUCCGGGAAGUUCCAAAAUUGUCAGUAACUUUGAUUUUGAUAGAACGAUUGCUCAACCAAACGAAAGCAAACUCAAUAUCUUAUGGUUUCUUAUAGAGUGAACAUUUUUUUCUGCGUAACGGCAACUCGUUUGCCAAUUACAGGUUGUUACGGGGAUGAUAUUUUUAGGAUUCUGAUAGGAAGAACAGAAGGGAAGUAGAACAGACAGGUCCUGUUCGAUAUCAUUUGCAUUUUUUUACUAGAAAUUAAUUUUCUAUACUUACUGGAACGUGAACUUGAAAGCGCAAAUAGUAUUAUAUUUCUAAUCAAGCAUCAUCGAGCAAGCAUAUGUUAAGAUGUAGUAUUUGUAAAAGAGAAACAGCAAACUAUACUUAAUAUAAACACGGAUAAAUUGAAUUCCUGAUAGAUUAUUCGAAUGAAUGUAGUUUUAUACAUUUAUCAUUAAGAAGAGACAGUGUAUUGUAAACCUGUAAGUGAGUAGGCAACCAAGCUCUUUAUACUGAAUAACUACUUAUCAAUUUACUACUGUUGAAACUUAUUCUGUAAGCAAUCUAAAGAACAAGGAUAAUAGAGAUCGUUUUCUUGAAGAUUUUAUAAA